GGGUUGUGGUGACGGCUCAAACACUCGAAGUUUGAUGGUGUUGUCAUGAUAUCAGAAAACCUGCGUGGUGCCCUGCGGCAGCGCCGUGUCAUUCUCGCAUGUCUUUGUGACCUAAAGACCUGAACCUGCGCCUCAUUGGAUUGUGUUUAAACGUCCCUCUUGUCUUCCAGAUCUCGCGGGCUCCCCAAGCUGAAGGAGUCGACCUCCCAUGAGUCUUUGCUGAGCCCGGGCAGCGCCGUGGAGGCUCUGGACCUCAGCAUGGAGGAGGACGUGUUCAUCAAACCUCUGCACAGCAGCAUCCUGGGACAGGAGUUCUGCUUCGAGGUGACGUACUCGGGCGGCAGCAAGUGUUUCAGCUGCACUUCAGCCUCAGAGAGAGACAAGUGGAUGGAGAACCUGCGGAGAACCAUUCAGCCCAAUAAGGACAACUGUCGGCGGGCGGAGAACCUGCUGCGUCUGUGGAUCAUCGAAGCCAAAGACCUGCCGCCCAAGAAGAAGUACUUCUGCGAGCUGUGUCUGGACGACGUCCUGUACGCACGAACCACCAGCAAGACCCGCCACGACAGCCUGUUCUGGGGCGAGUACUUCGACUUCUCCAGCCUGCCCGCCAUGCACAGCAUCACCGUGCACAUCUACCGCGACGUGGACAAGAAGAAGAAGAAGGACAAGAACAACUACGUGGGCCUGGUGAACAUCCCGGUGUCGGGCGUGAUGGGCCGGCAGUUUGUGGAGAAGUGGUACCCGGUCAGCACGCCCACCACCAGCAAGGCCAAGGGAGGGGGGCCGUCGAUCCGCAUCAAGUCCCGAUUCCAGACCAUCUCCAUCCUGCCCAUGGAGCAGUACAAGGAGUUCGCCGAGUUUGUCACCAACAACUACACCAUGCUGUGCUCGGUGCUGGAGCCCGUCAUCAGCGUCAAGAACAAGGAGGAGAUGGCGUGCGCACUCGUGCACAUCCUGCAGAGCACCGGGAGGGCAAAGGACUUCCUGACAGACCUGGUGAUGUCGGAGGUGGACCGCUGCGCCGACCACGAUGUCCUGAUCUUCAGGGAGAACACGCUCGCAACCAAAGCUAUCGAGGAGUAUCUGAAGCUGGUGGGACAGAAAUACCUGCAUGACGCACUCGGUGAGUUCAUCAAAGCUCUGUACGAGUCAGAUGAGAACUGUGAGGUUGAUCCCAGUCGAUGCUCCAGCAGUGAACUGGCUGAACACCAGAGUAACCUGAAGAUGUGCUGUGAGCUGGCCUUCUGCAAGAUCAUCAACUCCUACUGGUACCAGUGCACAUUCACACCUGCACUAAAACAGUCAACUACUAACAUUCACACCUACAGUACCAGUCAGCUCUUUUCAUUCACACCUGCAGUCUGAGUUCACACUCACACCUGUAUUCCCAGUACAUAGUCACAUUCACACUUGCGGUACAUAAUUUCUUAGCAUUUAUACCUGAAGUCCCUGUACACAUUCACACCUGCAGCCCCAGUCAACUAUAAACACUGACACUCGCAAUCCAGUUUCACAUUCACACCUGUUGUCCCAGCACACACUCACAUAUACAUACCUUCAGUGCCAGUGCAUAUUCACACCUGUAGUUUAGGGUAACACAUUCACACCUGUAGUUUAAGGUAACACAUUCACACCUGUAGUUAAAGGUAACACAUUCACACC